UGUAUCUUUUGCAGUUUGGUUGACGUUUGCAAUUUCGGUUCAAUUCUCAGCGACCAAAAACGAGACCGCUCCGUUUGUGGCUCGUUUGUUGGCUUGUUGACACUACUGGUUGCUGUGCUACUGAUCAUCAUCAAUCAAGCAAGUUGUUGAUACCCACCACUUGUGUGAGGUUUGCAUGGACCCGGGCAGUUGCGUUUAUGCAAUCGCAUUGAAUUGCUAGCUAGCAAGCUAUCAGGCUUGACUGCAAGUUCAUGCCAUAGAUAAAGACAUUCAUAUACCCCGUCGAUACCGGUGUCAAACUUCUACUCAUAAAAUUGUUCCGAGAAAGAACAUCCAGCAAGCAACAACGAUGGUCAAUACAAUGAUCAGACAAUCGAGCAGUUCAUCACGCUGCUGUGAAGGACCCAGCACUGUGGAAGUCCUUCGCAAACAGGAAAUGUCCGCUUGCUACCAAUGUCGCGAUUAUCUGGAAGCUGCCGACAGCAAAGCUGAAUCCGUUACGGAAGCAACACGAGCCGAGAUGCUGGAAUGGGUCUGCAAGGUGUCUUCCUUUUUGAAGCUCAACGAUGACAUUGCCAUCACCACUGCCACACUUUUGGAUCGAUUCUCACAAACGCCCCAAGGAAACACCAUCUUAUCCUCUGUUCCCAGUUAUCGCUUGGCCACCAUGGCAUGUUUCUACUUGACGACCAAAGUGCAUGCUCAUGAAGCACAUGAUGAUUUGUGCCCUUGCACUGUGAGUGCUGAGACCAUGUCAGCCUUUAGCCAUGGACUCUUUUCAGCACAACAAGUCGAAGAGAUGGAACUUUGCAUCCUGCAAUCCAUGGGAUGGCGGACCAACCCUCCCACCGCUUUGACAUUUGUGCGAGAGUUCCUUCUACUGCUACCCUGCAGUGUCUCUUCCAAAAUGAAGGAUCACGCCUACCAGCUAUGUCAAGCUCAAAUCCAAGGAUGCAUGCUGGACUAUGAUCUCUUUGCCUUGACAGAGGCAUCUACCAUUGCCUUUUUUGCCGUCCAGAAUGCCCUGCGAACACUGGGAAUGGACGAGAUUCUGUUGAAGCACAUUGCUGCCAUUUUUUCAUACGCCACUCAUACCGACUAUACCAGUCGCUGUUCCGAACAAAUCCAAGCAGCUCUGGUGGUCGUUCGUGACAAACCAUCACCUACAUCACCUCCAUUUUUGAAGAAGCGAAGACAACAACGACGAAGGUCCUCAGCAUCGUCUACUAGUACGUCUUCUUCCUCAUCCUCCCGUCGUCGCCACCGUUGGUCAGCACGUCGCAUGGACUCCUUGGACGUGUCUCCUCGUGCUGUGGCAGUUUGAAGACGACGACGACAACCCACCCUUUUGUUCACACAAUACAACCCACGCUACCACUACUAGAGAAACAAACAUACUACUAUACCUACUGAAAAUAACUUUUAAUAAAAUACAGAAUGUAAAGCUAUCCC